AUGUCAGGAACGAUUCCAUCAAAGACUCUGCGUGAAGUGGAUGUCGAAGAGUUAACACCAACGAAUCCAUAUGUGAAGUUAGUGAGAGACCAGAGAAUUGUAGAAAUCCCAGAAUUAACUUUAGAAUCAGGAGUAUCUAUCCGUAAUUUUCCAAUCGCUUACAAGAGCUGGGGUAACCUUAAUGCCGAAGGUGAUAACUGUAUGGUGAUAUGCCAUGCUCUAACUGGAUCUUCAGAUGUUUCUGAUUGGUGGGGUCCGCUUUUGGGAGAUAAUAUGGCAUUUGAUCCUUCGAGAUUCUUAGUCAUUUGCCUGAACUCUAUGGGUUCUCCAUAUGGUUCAUUCUCACCAUUGUCCAUUAAUUCAGAGACUGGUAAACCAUAUGGUCCCGAAUUUCCGCUCUGUACAGUUCGUGAUGAUGUAAAGGCACACAGAAUGGUUCUGGAAUCGUUAGGUGUGAAAUCCGUUGCAUGUGUUGUUGGUGGAUCCAUGGGGGGUAUGACAGCGUUGGAGUGGGCUGCAAUGUAUGGUGAUGAUUAUGUGAAAAAUGUGAUUGCACUAGCGACAUCUGCAAGACAUUCUGCAUGGUGUAUUUCAUGGUCAGAAGCUCAAAGACAGUCGAUCUAUUCGGAUCCCAAAUAUAGAGGUGGCUACUAUCCAUUAGAUGAUCCUCCAAUCGCCGGAUUAAGUGCAGCCCGUAUGUCUGCUCUACUCACUUACCGCUCUAGAAACAGUUUUGAAAAGAAAUUUUCUAGAAGGGUACCUUCAUUAGCACAAUCAAAGAAGGCAGUCACACCGACUUUGCGUAAACCAGCCACUGUCAGCGAACAGUCUUUACAAAUUCAUAACGAUGGUCAUACACCAUCUAGUGAUGUGAGUCAAAAACGUUCAAGCAUCUCUUCCUCUAACUCCACAGAUUCAAUACGUUCUUUGUCAUCAACAACAUCAUUAAGUUCUGCUACAGGUGAAGUGAAAGAAGUGAAGCCAGCACAGACAUACUUUUCGGCACAGAGCUACCUGAGAUAUCAGGGUAGUAAAUUUAUCGGCAGAUUUGACGCUAACUGUUACAUUGCCAUCACUCGUAAGUUAGAUACUCACGAUUUGGCCAGAGAUAGAGAAGAAUUCGAAGAAGAUAUAGAUCUAGUAUUACAAUCCAUUGAAACCCCUGCAUUAGUUAUUGGUAUUAAUUCUGAUGGAUUAUUCACCUAUUCAGAACAAGAAGUUCUAGCUGAAAACAUGCCUCAUGCACAUCUAGAAAAGAUUGAAUCUCCAGAGGGUCACGAUGCAUUUCUAUUAGAAUUUAAAUUGAUCAAUGAACUAAUGACGAGGUUUUUGAAAGAAGAAGCAGGCAAAUUUAUGGAAGCUCCACCUCGUCCUUGGAAAAGUCAUACUUCAAUUGAAACUCCAACAGAAUCAGUCUUCGGUGAAGCUGAAGAAGUUACUAAUUGGUGA